CCUCGACAAAAAUGGCAGACAUCGCAGCAACCGUGUCAGAGACGGUAGCACAGCCUCAAACUGUUGAGGAUGUCCUUGCAAUUACGCAGGAUCCUGCUGCUACUCUUGUGCCUGCGGCAGACAAGGGUUGGUUCAGUCAAAUCACGGAUAACCCGCUGUUUGGAGCUGGAUUCGGUUUGAUGGGUCUUGGUGCUGGCUUGGCAAUGGCUCGACAGGGGGCAGUAAGAGCAGCACAUAUGGCUCAACGCCAAAUGUUGGUCACCCUUGAAAUCCCAUCAAAAGACAAAUCAUACCUCUGGUUCCUCCACUGGAUGUCUCUUCAACAAAAGACUGCUUCCGCCGGUCUUGGUCUUGGACGAUCACAUCACCUUGCCGUUGAGACAUCCUACAAACAACACGACAACGGUUCAGCAUCCACCACAUUCUCGCUAGUCCCUGGACCCGGCAAGCACUUCUUCAGAUGGAGAGGAGCAUGGAUUCAAGUUACCAGAUCAAGAGAUACGAAGAUGGUUGAUAUAUCCACCGGAUCGCCAUGGGAAGUUGUAACGCUGACAACCCUCUCACGAGACCGCCACUUAUUCACAGAACUGUUGGAAGAAGCUAAAGGUCUCGCAAUGAAAAUGCAAGAAGGAAAAACGGUGAUCUACACCUCCUGGGGUCCAGAAUGGAGACCAUUUGGACAACCGCGUCGGAGGCGUCUUUUGGACAGUGUGGUCCUUGACCAAGGUAUUAAAGAGGAGAUCGUCGCUGAUGUCAAAGACUUCUUGGCAAGUGGGAAGUGGUACUAUGAACGAGGUAUCCCAUACCGAAGAGGCUACCUCCUCUAUGGUCCCCCAGGUUCUGGAAAGACGUCGUUCAUCCAGGCUCUAGCUGGAGAACUGGAAUACAACAUUGCUAUCCUGAACCUCUCAGAACGAGGCCUAACAGACGACAAGCUAAACCACCUCCUCUCCAACCUCCCAGAGAGGUCGAUCAUGCUGCUCGAAGACAUCGACGCUGCAUUCUCAGGACGACAGCAAACCGAAGAAUCAGGCUAUGGUCGCUCAAACGUGACGUUUUCCGGGUUGCUGAAUGCUUUGGACGGUGUCGCAUCUGCUGAGGAACGCAUUAUUUUUAUGACGACGAACCAUGCCGAGAAAUUGGAUCCUGCCCUUAUUCGCCCAGGCCGUGUUGAUAUGAAGCGGUUGAUUGGUAAUGCUACGCCUCAUCAGCUCCGGGAAAUGUUCCUGAGGUUCUAUGAAGGGAAGGAAACUGAGGCGGAUGAGUUUGUCAAACGGAUUCAGGAGACGGGAAGGCCUGUAUCGACCGCUCAGCUUCAGGGUCUUUUUGUGCACAACAAAGGUGAGCCUCAGAAGAGUAUCGAGAUGGCACCGCAUCUGAACCGGGAAGAAUAGGCGGGGUAAUCAAAACAGAAACUGCGAGAGAUAGAGGUUAUGAGAUGUUUGUCAUGAUUAGGGAUAUCAAAAAGCAAAACAACAACGGAAACACGAGAC